GGAAUGACGAUCCAACCUCUGGUGGAGCUUCUGGCGGUGAAGAAGAAGAAGGAGAGCAAAGGAUCGAUAAAUGAAGAGAUUCACACACAGUUCCUGGAUCAUCUCCUCACAGGGAUUGAAGACGUCUGUGGACAUUAUGGACAUCAUCACUGGAAAGACAAGCUGAACCGCUUCAAUAAGGCCUACGUGAAGAGGUGGCUGAUCUCAGGCGAGCGCUCCACCGAGCCUCAGCUCAUCUCCUUCUACAACAAGAUGGAGAUGAAGCAGGCCAUGAUGCUGGUGGAGAGCGGCAGCACGGCCAAGCUGCCCGCCAUCGUGUCCUCCGUCUCCAUGCAAAACAUUCAGCCCAAAGGGCCGAGCAGACGUCGAGCGAUCCCGAGCAUCUCCAAAAGUCGUGAAGCAGAGAUCAGAAAGAUUCUGCGAGGAAACCUGCAGCAGACCAGACAGAGGCUUCGUUCUUACAGCAGACACGACCUCUUCAUGGACCCGUUUGAGGACAACGUGAGUGAAGUUCGCUUCAGGAAGCAGAGGGUGGAGAUGGAGAGGAGGAUGAGUCACUACCUCACAGUUCCUGCAAACCGCCAGGAAACACCUUCAGUGAGAAAAGUCUGCUUUGAACCAGAAAACCAGGUCUUCACUUAUGAUGACAGCGAGAGCCCCAGAGGCCCGACGGCUCAGCCACAUCCCAGCCCCGAUGAUGCCGUCAGCCUGUUGAAUGAGUCUCCCCAGAGACCCAAUCAGAGCAAGGCGCAGAGGUCCACGGGCGGCGACAAGACGAGGGAGAAAGAUCCAGACGAGCAGGAGGAGCAACAGAAACUAUCGCGCUGCCUUAGCGACCCCGGACCAAACCAGGAAGAGGAAGAGGACGGAUCCGGACGCUCAUGAUGAAACACGUUUACAUCGUCAUGUUUCCUAAUGUUUGUUUGUCAGUUUAAAGUCAAAGGAAUUGAAGCAAAGUUUAAUAUUUAUGAAUUUAUUUUGCCAAAAGUGUUAUUUUUUUCAAUGUCAUAUUUCUGUGAUACGAGUUGAUGCAAAGAUUGUUUCUUUUAUCAAAGCAUGCAACAAUGAGCGUUUGCUAGUUCAGGAUUCUUUUACAGCUAAGUGUCAGAAGUGUCUUAACAAGCAGACCUGCAUCUUAAAAAAAAAAAAAAAAAAAA